UGAAAACCGUUCGACAGAACAAGAUAGCUUAUCAGUGAGAUACUGCCAUUCUAAACAAUGCUGCUCAACAGAAACAAUUGCAUCUGUCGCUUUCCAAACCGCUACAUGGGCUGGCUAAGCACGGAGAGUCUCAUUAUCUCGUUCGACUAUAAAUGAGGCCUUGAUGUUGCUCAGCGUUUCAAAAUUGAAGUUGUAUCCAGACAAGAAAGUAACAUUUUAUAAUCAAGUGACAAAGAGACAGUGAUAGAAAACUAAGUGUAUUGAAUAGUUGUUAGUGAGUGUUUUAAUAAGUGAAUAAACGCAAAAUGCCUGCCAUCAAGAACCAGAAGGCCCCCAUUCGUCACGUGUUGGAUCUGUCCAAGGAGGAGAAACGACAGUUUUUGGAAUCGUUCGACACCAUCAUGUCGGACUGUGACGGUGUCGUGUGGGACUUUAUCGGCCCCAUUCCGGGCGUCGACCAAGCCCUACCGCUGCUGAAGAAGAAGGGCAAAAAGCUCGCCUUCAUCUCCAACAAUGGAAUGCGCACCAUGGAGGAGUACAAGCGGAAAUUCCUGAACCUGGGAAUCCCGUCACACGAGCUGGACAUUGUCCAUCCGGCUCUGACCACAGUUCGCUACCUGAAGGCGAUCAACAUGACGGAUGCGGUCUAUUGCGUUGCCACCGAGGUGUUCAAAGACUAUCUCCGGAACGAGCAGUACACGGUCUUAGAUGGGCCUGACGAUCGUUUCCCAGACGAAAGAGCGGCCGAUUCGGUUCGCGUGUUCACAGAUUUCUUCACGGAACCGGACAGCCCCCGGGUAGGCGCGGUCGUAAUGGAUAUCGACGUGAACAUUUCGCUGGCGCACUUGAUGAAAGCCAAGUGUUACCUGGAGCGCAAUCCGGACUGCAUCCUGAUUGUGGGCGCCACCGACUACAUCGUCCCCCUGGGCGACCGCAUGGACGUCAUCGGUCCGGGAUACUUCAUCGACAUCCUGGAAAAGGCCACCGGUCGUAAAGCGUUGGUUCUUGGCAAACCGGGCCAAGCUCUGGCCGACUUCGUUCUGGAACAGUUCAAUGUAACGCGGCCCAAGCGAGUGCUGUUCAUCGGUGACAUGCUGCCGCAGGAUAUGGGCUUCGGGUCCCGAUGCGGCUUCCAGAAGCUGCUGAUGCUCAGCGGAGGCACCACCAUGGACAUGCUGCGGGCGCAUAAGAAGCCUGAGGAGCUUCCCGACUUCUACAUGGACAGCUUCGCCGAUUUUAUCCAGCUGUACAAGGAAGUACAAUAGAGGUGAAACGAUUUUUAUUAGAUUUGAACAAAUCUAUUCCACGUUGCAGCUGGAUUGCAACUUCACUUCCUUGGAAGUGUGAGUGCGUACCGCCAUGUAAGUGUUACCGUGUAACCUUUGGCACAUGACUUUGCAUAUUUUGUAAGGGUGUACACAUCGAUGUGAUAUUUUUACAAUAAAAUGUGAUAUGAUUGUAAAUGUGUUUAAA